UUACCCGAAAUUUUGAACACUUCCAAAAUUCUCCCGGAAGAAAUGGCAACUCCAGAAGACCUCGCACUCAAUAAUCCAAUCAUUCUCACAAAAAUAUUACAACACCCCUCGAUUUCUUUGGGCAAUGUACGAGUCGUCUGCAAAUUAUGGAACGAUAUUGUUCUCUCCCUUCCCAAUACGAGACUUGCCUUUCGACAGUUUGACGAAUGCUUCCAAGACAAUGAUCAAGAACUAAAAGAUUUUAAGGCCGACCCGUUCUACUUUUUUGAAAGGUGUUCCAUUUUAGAUGCGCGACUCGCGAGAGCGAUAACCGCCUCAUGUGACACGUCUGACAUACAAGACCCGGUUGAAGCUAUUGCAUACCUUUACUCUUUUGGCGCCAAGCUGAUGCACUUUUGCGACAAGUUUAGCGAAAUCGUGCAAAUUUUGGAUAUUUCUAUCCAUUCCGAGCACUGUUUAAGAUAUGUUUAUCUAGCCUUAAAAAAUCAUUUACCGAAUUUAAAAGAGUUACGAAUCAAUUGUUAUAUAGGCGCUCUUGAGGCGCGAAUUGAUCAGCCAGGCGCGCUUGCCCCAAAACCAAAGUUGGCCUUGUUCGCGCUCAUUUGUCGUUUAAAAGAGGACACCCCGUUUGUUACCAGUCUUGCUCGAAGAGUGAUUAAGGCCUCCUCAAACUUAAGGGAGGUCACCCUUCCGUGGGGAUUUCACCCAGAUUUGUCUCGUUCUAAGUGUCUCGACACCUUAAGGAUCGCCCUGGAUGACAUUAAAGGAAAGGAUGUCGUCUACUUCAACGGUUCGGAACUUGGGCGCAUGCUGAAUCAAGUUGCUGACCAGUUGGUUACCUUAUCGUUCGGCGAGGACGAUGAAAGUUGGGACUUUUUGGAGCCAGGAACCUGGAAUCGGAUGGCAUUCAGGUUUCCGAGAAGGAUGCAGAGGUUGAAAACCUAUAGAAAUCUGAUGAUCGACGUUUUGGAGUGUACAGAAAUCUUGAACGAUAUCGAAAAAAUGCCCGUCCUGGAAACGCUCGUCCUCGGAAAAUCAACCGCAACAUGGUCGAGCUGCUUGGUUGAAAUUUUACAAAAUAUUUCCAAAUCGGGUAGAAUUCUGGGAACGUGAGGAGUUUGCGGAUUUUUGAGAUGCAUGAUCCCACACUUUUGGAAGGAUUGAAGAAGGCUUUUCCCAACUUGGAGAGCUUGACGUUGAAAACGUGCAGAAAGGAGGGUGACACCGGGGCCGUGAGUGGGAUGGAGGUGGGUGUGGUGCUGAAGGCGUGUACGGGAAGUAGGGGGAGAUUGAGACGUUUGAAUGUUAAGUUGCCAGCGUAUCCGGGGCAAAUGAUGGAUUUUAUUAAGGUUCUAUUGGAUUCUAGGGACCUGU